UCGGUCUUCUACUUUCCAUAACAGAUAUCAUCCUCAAUUUCUAAUUUCUUUCCCACUCUCUCUCGCUCUCUGGCAACCCCUGAAAGGAUUCAGAAACUGUACAAAGUUUUUCAAGAAGUUUCAUUGGUUGGCUGAUAGAAAUGAAGCUAAUUAAAGCUGGAGAAAAAAGAUAUGCUCUCUUGCUGGCAGCCAGGGACUCUGAUUAUGUGAACAAAGUGUAUGGGGGUUAUUUCAAUGUGUUUGUUGCUGCUUUUGGAGAAGAAGGAGAACGCUGGGACUUGUUCAGGGUUGUUGAUGGAGAGUUCCCUGACAUGAAUGAGCUCCAUAAAUAUGAUGGGUUUGUAGUCAGUGGCAGUCCCUAUGAUGCUUAUGGGAAUGACUACUGGAUUCUCAAGCUUUGCUUCCUGCUGCAAACUCUUGAUGCCAUGGAGAAGAAAGUUCUUGGGAUCUGCUUUGGCCAUCAGAUUUUAUGCAGGUCAAUGGGGGGAAAAGUUGGGAAGGCAUGUACUGGAUGGGAUAUUGGGCUGAGGAAAGUAAAGAUUGUGAAAGAUUUGUCAGUGUCCAGCUUCCUGGAGGACUUGGAUGAAAUACCCCCUUCUCUUUCGAUUAUAGAGUGCCACCAGGAUGAGGUAUGGGAGGUCCCUAUGGGAGCUGAAGUUAUUGCAUUCUCAGACAAGACAGGUGUUGAGAUGUUUGCAAUUGGGCAACACAUUCUUGGCAUUCAAGGCCACCCUGAGUACACCAAGGACAUCCUUUACAGCCUCAUCGAUCGCCUUCUCAACAGCAAUUCCAUUGAGAGAGGUUUUGCUGAGAACGCCAAAGUUGGAUUAGAGAUAGCUGAACCUGACAGGAAAUGCUGGGAAAAGAUAUGCAGGAACUUUCUCAAGAGAAGACAGAAUUUCACCUUUUCUCCAAUCUGAUAAAGGGUUAUCUUUGAUUCGUUGGAAUCUUGCAAGAUCAAGUUUCUUGGAACUAACCCAAGUAUCUAACUCGGUUAAACCUUCCAUACACUUUGUAUGCUUUCCGCGUCUUUCCUUGACAUAUAACAAAGUCAAAUGCAUUAGCCACCGACACAACUGUCUGCCACAUCUUAUCAAGUAUACAUGAUCCUUGAAAUUUGGAGAAAAGAUACAAAUAUAUUUGUUGCGCAUUUCACUAACAACUAAUUAACAACUCAAACUAACCAAGUUGUUUGAUAUUAUUAUUCUUAUUAUUUGUAAAAAACAAAUCUACUCUUCAAUACACCAUUAAGAA